AUGCCUGGUCUUAUUCGUCUUAAACAAACAGGACUUGCUCCAUUAGAAAUAAAUAAUGGUGUCACUCAAAGUCUUGUCUAUCGAAAUCCUAAUGCACGAGUAACAUGGGAUGGUGUUGAAACAUAUAAACAAUGUAUUUAUCGUGAUUGGAUACCUGGUGAAGAAUAUACUGAAGUUUUAACAUUUAAAAAUUUAUCAGGAAAAAGUAUUUCAUUUACAUAUGAAGUACCUAAAACACAAUAUUUUCAAACAAUUUAUCCUCGACGUUUAACAUUAAGUCAAGGUGUGACAUUUAGUUUACCAAUUCAAUUUAGUCCACUUGAAAAAAUUCUUUAUGUUGAUGAUCUUGUUGUUUAUAUCAAUCAAACACCACAUCAUAUUAAAUUAGCUGGUGUUUUACCACAAUAUCGUGUUGCUGUUGAACCAAAAGAAAUCGAUUUUGGUUAUUGUGCUGUACAAGAUAUUCAAACUGCAACAUUUAAAUUACGUAAUACAGGUGAUUUAGAAACAAAUAUUGAAUGGAAUUCUAGUGAACCAUUUUUAAUUGAACCUCGUGAAUGUAUUUUACCUAUUGGUGGUAUACAAACAUUUACAUGUUCAUUUCAACCUCAAUGGGCAUUAAUUUAUGUUGGAACAGCAACUUGUAUUUAUGGAGAUCAAUCUGUAUGUGAACUUAGUCUACAUGGAACUGGAAAAUUUCCACAUCUUAUUAUUCGAUCGGAUGAUGGAGCUAUGGAUGAAAAUACAGGCAAUGUUUUAGUACGUUUUGGAGAUAUGCCUAUGAAUGGUUCGCUUAAACGAGAAUUGAUUUUUAUUAAUCAAUCCGCAUUUCGUGUACCCUAUCGUAUUGAAUCAUUACCAGGUGUAGCUAAAUUUGAUACAGCUUUUCGUUUCGGUAAAACAGAAGGUAUAAUAGAAGCAGGAAAACGACAAAUGAUUCCUAUUAAAUUUCAACCAAAAGCAUGUGAACAAUCUUACAAAGAUUAUUUUAAUAUAUGUACACAACAUGGAAAUCUUGUAGCAGCUGUUGUUGAAUGUAGUGGAAAAGCGAUGGAAAAUACUAUCGAAAUUAAUCAACAAAAAGUUUCAUUUGGACAAGUAUUAAUGAACAGUAAAUCAAGUCGUAUCAUUGAAAUAGCCAAUCCUAAAGGAACAAAUUCUGCACGUUUUAAAAUCUAUACAUCUCCUGAUAGUCCAUUUCAAUUUUCAAUAGAAAAUGGUAUUUUACCAAGUAAUGGAUCAAAAUUAACUAUUGUUAUUACAUUUGCACCAAUACAUCCAAUGGGAUAUUAUAAAAUUGUUCCAAUUCUUAUUGAAUAUCAAUCACCCAUACUUCUUGAACUUAUUGGUACUUGUCAUUCUGAUUCCGGCAAACCACCUGUAUUAAAUGAUCGUUAUGUAUCAAAUUUUAAACGACAUAUUUUACGUCAUUUAGCUUUAUAUCCAUUUGAAGUAUUAGAUGAUUAUUUAAAACGAGGAAAAUUAACAAUAGAUGAAUAUGGUUCAUUGAUCGAAUCUGCUGAUUCAUCUUUAAUUCAUGAUAGUAAAGCAAUAAAAGAUGAACAUGAUUAUCUUUUACCACCAUUAUCUAAUCCAUUAAAAGAUAAUUAUUUUUAUUGGUUUUCAAAUGAAGAUAAUACACGAUUUGAAUAUGUUACAUUAAGUGAAACAUGUUUUCUAUUUGAUCAAUGUUCAUUAGAUACAAAAAAUGAAUGGCAACAAAGUUUAACAAUAACAAAUAUAACUCGAGGAAAAUUAACACUUGUAUGGCCGACACCAAAUUCAUCAAAUUUUUCUAUAUCACCAACUGAAAUUGAAAUCUUACCAUUAAAAUCAGCAGCAUUUCGUAUUAUAUUUCGACCCACAGUUAUUGAUACAUUUUAUACAAAACAUUUUGAAGGUUAUGUUUCAUAUAAAAAUCAACGUGAUUUUACACUUGUACCUGAUUAUGGUGUUAUGUUACCUGUACAAUUAGAUAUAACAUGUAUUGGUAAUACAUUACGUGUUAAUCAUGAAAUUGUACCAUCAUAUCAAUUUGAUCGUGAUAUAAUUAUAUUUCCACCCAUAGGUGAUCAAACAUCAAUAUAUCAAACAUUAACAUUAACAAAUAAUGGUACAACACCAUUAAUUUAUCGUUUUAUUUCAACAAAUAAUGAUGAAUCAACAAAUCAAUUUAUAUUUAAACCAUCCAAUGGUUUUAUAAAACAAGGUGAUUAUGCAAUUGUAAUUGUUCGUUAUAAACCAUUACGUUUAAAUAAUAAUUCUGAUAUUCAACAAGAACGUAUUAUUGUACGUUUAAAUGAACGAGAAAAAUUUGAUAAAAUUUUACAUGUUUUUGCUACACAAGAAAAACCACGAUUGUCGAUACCAAAUAAUGGACAAAUUCAUGCAUUAACAACAUGUAUUGGUUUAAGUUCGGAAACACAUAUUCAUUUAAAAUCGUUAACACGUUCUCAAUUAGAAUUUAAUUGGACAUUAGAUAAAACUAUACCAUCAAUACG